UUCGCCCUGCUGCUGCUGCGUGCAUGCGGGAUGAUCAGCGGCAUCUCGUGAAUACUACCCCGGCAGCUCACCGAGUGAAAGAGUGUACCGUACCGGUAUCAUUAAUUCAGAGACACGAAGAUUCACUGAGAGACCCACUCGGCUCUCGCUUCUUUUGCGUUUACUCCAUAUGAAGUUAUAUUAUCAUCAUUUGGUUGACAGGAAAAAUGUGGCGUGCAUUAGUACACAUGCGAUAUGCUGUAGGAACUCCGCGACGUUGCCAGUGGUCCACGAAAUCUAGAAGAUUGAAGCAUUUUGCCACAGGUUAUGCAACAUCAACUGGCAGUGUGGAAGCAGUAAUUGGGCAGAGUCCACUUAUCCUGUCUACUGGGGAAUUGGCAAAGUUGGCUGAUGGAUGUGCAACUGCUCAGAUCGGAGAUACAUCUGUCAUGGUUACCGCAGUCAGUAAGAAGAAUUCAUCGUCUCCUGGAUUUCUUCCGUUGACAGUUGAUUACAGGCAAAAGGCUGCAGCAGCAGGUAGAAUACCCACCAAUCAUCUUAGGAGAGAGAGGGGCGUUACUGAUCAAGAGAUACUUACAAGUAGAAUGAUAGACAGAUCAAUCAGACCACUUUUUCCCAAAGGAUUCUUUUAUGAUACUCAGGUUAUGUGCAAUUUAUUAGCAGUAGAUGGCUUGCAUGAUCCAGGUGUUAUCAGCAUUAAUGGAGCUUCUGCCGCACUUGCCCUCUCUGAUGUUCCAUGGAAUGGUCCAGUAGGUGCUGUCAGAGUAGGAUUGGUAGAUGAAGAGGUCAUGAUUAAUCCAACUAGAUUAGAUAUGAGAAGGAGUACUAUUAACAUGGUUGUAGCUGGCACAAAGAAGAGUAAUCUAGUAAUGGUGGAAGCCUCAGCAGACAAUGUUCUCCAAACAGACUUCUUGAAAGCUUUGAAGGCUGGAUUAAAAGAAACCCAGAUCAUUGUAAGAAGCAUUGAGAAGCUCGCUAAAGAAUACGGAAAGGAGAAGCGGGAGUAUGAACCGGCAGGUAUACCACCACCAGAGAUACUAGACCAUAUUAGAAGAUUAACAGCAGAGCAGUAUUAUGCAGUUUACACAGACCCUACCCACAAUAAGUUUUCAAGAGACAAUGCCGCAAGUGAAGUCAGAGAGCAACAUCUUUCAACUGUACUAGAAAUGUUUCCAGAUGAAAACCCAUCACUAGUCUCUGAUGCCUUUCAUGCUGUAGCCAAAGAGGUCUUCAGAAAAAUUGUUCUGGAAGAGGACAAAAGGUGUGAUGGGAGAGAAGCAGAUGAGAUGCGUGACAUCACUUGUUCUGUAGAUCUCUACAAACCCUUACAUGGCUCUGCACUCUUUCAGAGAGGUCAAACACAAGUAUUUUGUACAGUAACAUUUGAUUCUAUCGAGUCAGCAUUGAGGGCAGACCCUUUAUGGCAGGAGGAUGUCAGAGAAAAAAACUUCAUGUUGCAUUAUGAGUUUCCACCAUAUGCUACCAACGAAACUGGCAGGACAGGGGGCAUCAAUAGAAGAGAACUAGGUCAUGGAGCCCUGGCUGAGAAAGGCUUAAGACCUUUGGUUCCUUCAGAUUAUCCUUUCACCAUUAGACUUACCAGUGAAGUCUUAGAGUCAAAUGGUUCAUCAUCGAUGGCCACUGUAUGUGGUGGCAGUCUUGCACUCAUGGAUUCAGGUGUACCAAUAAGUCAUCCUGUAGCAGGGGUAGCUAUUGGUGUUGUGACAGAGACAGAACCUGAUGAUAUCUUCACAAUCAAAGACCAUAGGAUACUCACCGAUCUACUGGGCAUCGAGGAUUACAUGGGAGAUAUGGAUAUGAAGCUAGCAGGAACCAAGAAAGGGAUCACAGCAUUACAGACAGAUGUGAAAGUUCCAUUGCCCAUGAAGAUCGUUGUAGAAGCCAUCCAAGCGGGUACUGCAGCAAAGAGUAAAAUCCUCAACAUCAUGGCAUCGGCUAUCAGGAAACCCAGAGACUUGAGGAAGAGCAACAGUCCUGUAACAGAAAACCUUGAGGUGCCAAUACAGAGGAGAUCAAAAUUUGUUGGUCCAGGUGGAUACAACUUAAAAAAAUUGAGAGUUGAAACUGGUGUAACUAUUACUCCUGUUGACGAAACUCACUUCUCCGUCUUUGCUCCCACACCCAGUGCAAUGAGUGAAGCAAAGGAAAGAAUAGAACAGCUCUUAUUAGAAGAUAAAGAGCCAGACUUGGAGUUUGGAGGUAUCUACACAGCUACUAUAUCUGAAUUAAGGGAUAAUGGAGUACUGGUAAAGCUGUAUCCUGCUAUGCAACCAACAUUACUUCACAACUCACAACUGGAUCAAAGAAAGGUGAACCAUCCUAGUGCCUUGAAGUUAGAGGUCGGCCAGGAGAUACCUGUCAAGUAUUUUGGUCGUGACCCUGUCAGUGGAAAGAUGAGACUGUCCCGUAAAGCCCUGAUGGCACCUGCCUCGGCUGUCAUCAGGAACUUGAAUGCAGUCAGAGGUACAAGAGGGGGAGCAUCAUCUGCCACCUCAUCAUCCGAUUCAUCGUCGAUCUCUUCAGAGAGAUGAUAAUGUACUUUCCAAUCAAUAAAUAGGGACUAUCCUGUAUAAAUGUGAUAGUACCAACUUCAGCUGUUGUCAAGAUCUUGAAUGCUGUCAGAGAUAUAAACUGGCAUCAUCGGCUAUUUCAUCAACAUCAUCAUCGUCACCUUAUUCAUCAUCAGAGAUGAUAAUGGCUUGCCAGUCAGUUGGAAGAGAUUUAUUUGGCUGAAGAAUAUUCAUAUUCUAGGGAGACUUCAGAAUCCUGCAACUGUUGAGGGUAUGUCUGGAGAAUGUGACCAAGGAACCAUAACUGAAGCUCAUCAUCACCCCUUUCCACAAUAUCUCAUGAAGAGAGUUAUGCAGAUAUAUGCAAUACAAUGUUUAGUAAAACAAGUAAAGCACAAGUUUGAAUUGUAAUGUUAAAGGCAUUGCAGGCAUCUGGGAUACUCACAAUUUUAUUCAAUAAUAAUUCAGUACAGAUACAGAUGCCUCAUUCUUGUUGCACAUCGUAAAUACCCUGUAGUGUGUUUCAUUGCCACUGACACACUCAAACCUGUGCAUUAUUUGAAUCAAACAUCGUACAAUGUUUAGUACUACCUCUCCUAGCUCUCAUUUUGUGUAUUGAUAUCAUAAACCACAUCAACACCUAUAUUCCUAUGGUAAGAUGGGUCUCAUCUGAGCCCUGUUACUUAAAGCCUUGUGAUCGAUCGUCAGGCUCCUUUUUACGAUUGAUCACAGAAACCAGCUCCAUGAUCAAUUGUUAAGUUUUUGUUAUGCCCAGAUUUAUAUUGCCUUUCACCCCAUAGAGGCAUCUCUUGUUUAUCUUCUUAUUUUUUUCCAGAUUGGUGCUCCCCUACAAUAUACCCAUGAUCAAAGAUCUGAAUGAUUUAAUGCUUUGAAACUUUAUGAGCAGGUUCUCUUAAAGUGGAUGUCAAUAUUGUGAAUAUUCAGUCUAUCUUAAAAUUAUCCUUUUGAGGACCAGUUUUCAAGGAAUUGUUAAGUGUGCUGAGGUCCUUGCUAUGGAACCUAUAAUGCCUUCAUUUCUCAUGUAAUAAAUCAUGCACAGACAAUAUUCCAACGUAAAGACUUGUUUCUGAGAGAAUUCUUUUAAAUGCUUUGGAUUGGUUGUAUCUGGCCAUGUGGAAAUCCAACCAAAAUGGAAAAUUGCUUUUAUAUCAAGUUAAAAUGAAAAAUCAAAGAAACCAAAAGGUGAAAUUUUGAACGAAGUUGGACAAACAAAAUUGUUAUGACUUUUUCAACUUUUCAAUAGUUGCAAUUCAUCUAAUCAGAAAUUCAAAUUUAUAAUGUCUUUGUGAUGUAGGGCAAGAAUUAAUUCUCCAUUAUUUUACUUCAUUGGAUAAAAGCAAAUCAAAUGUCAUCUUUAGACUUUUCCAAAGUUUUACUCAGUAUAAUUUAUCUUUUUAUGGCACCAUGGAGGAGAAGAAAACCAUAGUUUCUCCAUAACAAUAAUUCUUAUAUCAUGCCUCCAUUGUGUCAAUUUUUGUCCUACAUUUUGCAAUUAUUUAUGUAUUUGUGAUAGGGAGAUUAAAUCAUGAUUUUUGCAAAGCAA